GAGAUAGGGCUACAGCAUUGCUCUGCAGAGUGUCUGGAGCCUAAGUGUUUGCAAAAAGACUGAUAAAUAGGAAAGAAGGUUUGGUUUACUUCAGCUGUGGAUCAGAGAUGAAAUAACUGCUGCAUCGUCAUGUAAGCAUGUCGACAAUAAGGGUGUUUUCUGAACAGGAUUAAUCCCCUACUCCUUUUGAGCACAAGGUGAUGCUAGAGGGUUGCCACUAGUGCUUGGAAAAUUCCUAGAUGAAGGAAGGAGUAAACAUUGCUGCUGGGAAAUUUUGGAGAGAGAAUCAGAGCAAGAUAAAAUCCUAUUUACGUAGUUGGGGAGCGGAAGUCUGGAUACAGAGGUACUGGAAAACUUGAAGGAAGGAGAGCCACAUGAAGGAGAGAAGGACAAGUGUUUUGUCAUUAUUAGAAUAACACUGAGUGACGUGAAUGAGACAGUGGAGUGAUUUGGAAGAAAACAUGGCUGCAGACAGCUAUGUAACAGUUCCAGAAGGAUACUGCCUUACAGAAGCUUUACAGUACUAUGAUAUGCUGCCAGAUCAUAUGAAUUACCCUCUGCAAGACUCUGAACUUCACAUGACUCCAUACAAUCAGUACUGCAAUCUGCAAUUUCCUCCAUUACCACCAGCAUCAUCAUCACAGCAACAUUACCCUGUCUACAGCGUUGAACCUCAGUACAGUGAUGGACAGUACUCACUUACCACGUAUGAAAUAAAUAAACCAACAUGCAUGGUAGCUGCUGCAGGCAUUCCUCCAAUGAAAAGGUCUAGAAUAAGUCAUUCAUCUACGCGAGUAAAGGGGCAGGAGGAAGUCUGUAUGGUGUGUGGAGAUAAAGCCUCUGGAUAUCAUUAUAAUGCGCUCACUUGUGAAGGUUGCAAAGGUUUUUUUCGUCGUAGCAUAACUAAGAAUGCCACAUAUAGGUGCAAGAGUGGUGGGAACUGUGAAAUGGACAUGUAUAUGAGACGAAAAUGCCAGGAAUGUCGACUGAAGAAGUGUAAAGCCGUAGGAAUGUUGGAAGAAUGUCUGCUAACUGAAGUCCAGUGCAAAUCAAAACGCCUUCGAAAAAAUGCAAAGAAAAGUGUAGACAUACUCUGCAAUAUCAAGGUGGAAGAGGAGGCCAUGAACAACAAAUAUAUUUCUUCUACUACCAAACUUGGAAGUGCCGUGGACAGAGUGGAUCUCACAGCAGAGGAACAGCAACUUGUUAAUCGUAUCUUAGAUGCCCAUCAGAAAUGUAAAAUCCAAAUGGACACAGCAAGGAUGUUUUUGCAGGAAGCUGCAGAUACAGAGCAGAGUGUUCUUCGGCUCUCAGAGACAUCUGUGCAACACAUACAGAUCCUAGUGGAAUUCACAAAGAGACUGCCAGAUGGCAACAUCCAAAUAACCAGAACAAACACUGGUGAAAAAGACAAUGGAUUUCAAAGACUGGAUCGUGAAGAUCAGAUUGCAUUACUGAAAGGUUCCACAGUUGAAGCUAUGUUUCUACAUUCAGCUCAGAUAUAUAACCAACGUGUCAGAGAUGAUUCACUUACAGUAAGCAAAAGCCAUGGUGUUUAUUCUGGGUUCACAGAAUGUUUCCACAGUGAUGGCUUCGAUCAAAGUGAAGCUUUACAUGCAGACUAUAUUCAUACUGAUGUUACAAAUAAAGUCGAUACUAAAUAUGGUGUAGCUGAGGACCUUAUUGCACCAAUGUUUAAUUUCUACAGAAGUAUGGGUGAAUUAAAUGUCAGUGAAACAGAAUAUGCUCUUCUUGCUGCUACCACCAUCCUUUCCUCUGACCGGCCUCAUCUAAAGGAUAAAGAACAUGUGGACAAGUUGCAAGAACCUCUUCUGGAAAUUUUGCAUAAGUACUCAAAAAUGUAUCACCCAGAAGAUUCUCAACAUUUUGCUCGUUUGCUAGGAAGACUUACCGAACUCAGAACACUUAACCAUAAUCAUUCAGAGCUCCUGAUGUCAUGGAAGAUGGAGUAUCAAAAACAAACACCUUUGUUUUGUGACAUUUGGGAUUUGUAGUAAUAAAGAAUAUAAUCCCAGGAAAUGCAUUCAUAUACUUUUGCCUUCUAACACUUUGGAAAACAGAAAUAAGGAACAUCACAGCUUAAAGGCAAUGAUGGAGAAGAAAGUGAACACUGAGUAAGUCAUUGUUCAGGCUGACUAGAUAGUGAACAUUCAUUCCUGAAAACUAUUCUCAUUUGUGGAACUGUAAAACAUCUAGAGACAAGAAUAUUUAAAUGAACCAAACUGAUUAUCUGCAGGGAGUAAACUGUUCAGGAUCCUAACCAAAUAAAAGUACGUGGCUCUCCACAUGCUCAUUUAA